AUGCCUUCCACCGAGCACAAGGACGAACCCUUUGAGGAGGGCAAGGAAAACUCCCACAGCCAAACUGAUCCCAAGGACCAGCGCUCCCUUGCCAACCGCGUCGCCGCCGAAAAGCAAGCGAACGAGGACGAGGACAGCCCCGAAGUUGCGAGAAUGAAGGAGGACCCUACCGCUCCGGCGAGAGAGCACGGCAACGAGCCCUCCAGAGGCGCCAAGAUUGACGCCAAGAUCCUACAGGAGGAACAGGCUGAGCUGGAGCGCAAGGGCAAGGCGUAA